CCCGCUGUCGAGGAAAAGAGAGGGAGAGACAGAGGAAAAAAACAUAAACAAUCCCGACAACGCUUCGGCCAUCUCACCUUGUCGACCCCCCUUCCAACCUAGCUCAGCCCAGCUUAUCACCAUCAAAUCUGCCCCUCCCACCAUCGCCUUUCGAGCAUUCCCCAAGCCGAACCACAAUCCGCCCUGCAUUCGUUGCAAUUACCUUACAAGAGAAUCGCUUUCGCUGAACAGUUAGAGUCGCUGUCUCUGCGCGAUUCCUCCGAUACCCAUUUACAUUCACUUUUCCACCGUUUGAACGACCAAAUCAUGUCGGGCGCAAACUCGUGGUUGACGAAGCAGCGCAAGAGCGACCUCAUCGAGCUCGCCGAGCUGACUGGACUUACCGGCUACGAGAACCAGAGGAAGUCCGACCUGGAAGUCACUCUCGAUGAGUACCUCGCCGAGAACGCGGCCCAGUUCUCCCACAACCCCAAGCUCGCGCCUUACUACAACACUCGCGCCAAGGCAGCCGGCUCGCCCGUCAAGAGGGAGGCGCCCCUGACCGAUCUCGUGAGGUCCUCAACGCGCCGUAGGGCGACGAGAAUCAUCGAGGAGAUCCGACCCGAGCCCGAGGUCGAAUCAUCAUCACCUAGUCCGGAGCCUGCUCUUUCCACCGCCCUGGCGACGCGCACUCCCGCGCGCAACCUGUCUCUGGCGAGCCGCAUCCCUCUGCCCGCGACGCCCGCCGAUGUCGCCGAUGCCGUUGACCGCCAUACCGUUGCGGUGCGCGAGCGCGUCACGGAACUCUACGACCAGUCGGGCAUUCAGGAGGGCACCCAAGUCGUUCGCUCUUCGCUGUCGACAGUCACUUCUGUGCUCUUCACUGUGGCCGCAUUCGAGGCAUGGAACCUGAGGGCCGAGGUCCUCCCUCUUCGCUACGCUUUUACCAUCCCCGCGAUCCCUGCCCUGGGUACCAACUUCUAUCCCGUCCAUGUGCCUGACGCGUUCUUGUUUGUCACCUCGUCCUUCUGGUCGCCAGUCAUCUUGUGGACUCUCACCUCGGUUCUCAUCCCCUCUUUGUUCGGCUACUUUUACAACCUGAGCGCCGCGAGCCAUCCCCAGCCUCGUGGCCGCAGGUCCUCGACGGUCGAGUACAAUGUCGACCCCCUGGUGUUCAGCAUUGUCAAGGCCCUCAUCUCCUUUGUCGUCUAUGGCCAGAAGGCCACUUUCGGCGGCUGGAUCAACGAGAACUCCAUUGACCGUAUCAACGGCGCUCUGUACGGCGAGUGGAAGGGCAUUCUGACGGGCGCCGCCAUCACCGGUCUGGUAAGCCUCUACGACGCUGUUCUGAAGAAAUAAGGGCACCCUUCACAGGACACAGCAACUAUUGCUCGGUAAUUGGAAAAUUCACCUAGGGAUCAGCUGCCGCAUGCUCCACAGAGGACUGGUCUGCGAAAUUUUGGCCCAGGAAAGCCUCUUCGCUGUUAGAUUUGCCUGCAAGUAUGAUGGAUUGUGAGCACAUGUCUUGUUUUUAUUCUCUUGUUACUCGAGGGCGGCGUUCUGGGCGUUGCAACAGCUUCGCGCGUGGCUCUUCGGCUGAUACCUCUUCCUUCGCGGUCGGGACUUGGUGAAGAUGAUGCUCGACUUCGUGUUUGAGUUCUGGAUCGGAGUCCUUUGAAUGGCUAAGUUAUCUUUCCGUCCGUAUGGUGAUGGUGGCUAUUGUAUAUGCAGCGCGGUCCGGCCGCCUCUGCAUCUCGCUGGGAUCUUGAUUGGUGUUCGUUUCGUUCCAUGGGGUUUGAAUUCAUUCCGUUUUUUGUUUUCCCUAUCAAUAGUGCAACCCGGUUAUAACGUCAUGAGUAUCGGCGGGAGGGCGGGUGCCAGAGCCCCAUUGCAAUGGGACACAAUCGAGGGGUAUGUUUUGAAACGGCUCCGGGGGGACAGGUUGUGCGCUGAGCCUAAUGAGGGCACUUUUCCCGGUUAGAAAGUCACGAGAGAUGACAUCCAGAUAUAUAUUGUGUCGUUUAAGUUGUGCACUCAGGAUGAUGGACGUCAGCCGACCCCUAUUGACGUGCGUGUCUGCUCAAACAAACAGUCGCGGGUAACCGGACCAAGUCGAUUGUGACCUUGGCCAAAAGCCUGGGCUGGGGAAUCGGAUCCCAGAUCGCUGUCCAUUGACAGGAAUAGAUACACGUGCAGUUUUCGAGAAAAGAAGGGUGCGGUUCAAGGUGUAGCCAUCAAAUUAAACCUGUGACCCACGGUGAUGCUGAUAUAGUCAACCAGACGUUUCCGGGAGACCAAUUCGUGAUGUUUGGUGCCGGGCCGGCAUUUCCUCC